AUGCCGAUUCAAAAGCAACAUGAAUUUUCACAAUUUCAACCUUAUCAAGUAUUAACUCAUCAACAGAUAAUUCAAAAUUAUAAGAAUAAUGAUAAAUUACGUUCAGAAACUGAAUUCAAUAAUUUAAUUCAGAUUAUGCAAGUUAAUAGUGAAUUAAAUCAAUUAAAAAAAGAACUUGAACAAAUUGAAAAAGAAAAAAGUCAAUUAAUUGAA